UGCCUCGAUCUUUAAAGGAAAACUCUAGUCUUGUCGCGUGCCUUGUCACAUAGUCGCAAGGGUUUGUUCUUUUCCCAUCAAGCCCAAGUAUCUUGGACUUCGAACCAAUUUUCCAUCCUUGUUUCACAAGCCGACUGUGUUGCUGCACUUUUGUCAGGGCGACUACUGAAUUUGCCUUCGCCACAGACAAAUCUGGAUCGAUUCCUCCUUGAAGACAACGCGUUGUGGAAAUUUUCUCCUCUACAAACAUCUCGUCCGACGUUCUUCUUUUAGGCCUUCCGUGGGGAAUCAAGUACGGCAUUGUGACAGUGAGACAGCACCAAUCUCUAUCCACCGCAGCGAUUCUCUUCACUACUAGGUAGGGACACCUGCAGGAUACACGCAUAAAGGCGCCAACUUCACAGCCAGUCAAGAAGUCGGCCGAAGCAAACCAUCAUGAGCCAAUCAUGGACAUCGAACCAGCCGGAGAGCACUGCCAAGGUCGAAUCCCAAAAAGGUCAAUUUUCACAAGACGAAGAUGGCUUUGUCGACAUUCAGCACGCCGACGUCGAUAUGCAAGAUACCGAGUCGGAUGAUGCUCCACACUCAACAUCUGCGCCUCUCCAACUUCAGAGAUACAGCAACAAUCUACAAGAUCCCGAGGACGAUUCGGACGAUGACCAUGAUGCGAUGGCGAAUCAUCCUUUACUAAGUAUGCUUACCGGACGUUUGGGUGCGCGUAGGCGAGGCUCCUCGCACGAAUGGGAUCGCCUUCAUCCUGAGAACCAAGCAUUGUCGGUUGCUAAUGCCGAUGAAUGCUCCUCUCUGGAGGAGUCGGUCUUUCCGCCUGAGGAAAGGGCGAGCCGAGAAAAGUUUCAUUACCGGCUCACCAGAUGCCCGGAGUUGAGCUUGGGAUUAUUCACUCAGCCCACAAAAGCCGAGGCGGAAAGCUCGUCCAACCCUCCCAAACGGAGGUUGAUGGCCCAUAUCGUCUCUACACGAAGUCCUGCACCCAGUGUGACUGAGGCAUCAAUGCGAGUCCCCUCCAACUGGAGAUCAAGGAGGUCUUCUCUACCAUCCAGCACUGAUGACGAACCCGCGGGCCAUCAAGAUAUGGGCGGCACGAUUUGCCUUCACUCACUCGCAGUUGCUCCCGAGUUCCAAAAGCUGGGCCUGGGAACGAUCUUGAUCAAAGCGUACAUUCAGCGCAUCAAAGACGCCAGAUGCGCCGAAAGAAUAGCUCUGCUUGCGCACGACCACCUUGUCCCGUUUUAUACGAGUCUUGGAUUCGAAAACAUGGGAGUUAGUUCAGUGACAUCUUGUGGUUCCGGCUGGAACAAUAUGAUACUUGAAUUUACUCAAGAGGAUGACGACUAAAGCAGUUGACAUGCUGGAUGAAACUGCGAGUAUGUCGUGGGAAUUGCACAGCAAAAGUAUUCGGGCACUCUGAUCUCGUUGACAAUGAUUCGGUCAAUGAUGGGAUCGUAUGGCUGGAAAGACCCGGUCGGCCGAACCGAAUCACUCUUACACAGUAGUGACCAUGGACCUUAGACAGCUCAGACAGACCGCUGUUCUAGAUAAGCUAGGCACUGCUAGGAUAGUCAAGAGCAUCGAGGAAUGAGCAGCCGAACCAACGGGACAUAGCAGUAUUAUAUGACCAUGAUGUUAUUA